GGGCUGGGGGUUGCCGGCAUGGCCGAGGCCAGGAAGCGGCGGGAGCUGCUUCCCCUGAUCUACCAGCAUCUUUUACAAGCGGGCUAUGUUCGCGCAGCGCGGGAAGUGAAGGAGCAGAGCGGCCAGAAAAGUUUCCCAACUCAGCCGGUAACUCUUCUGGACAUCUACACACACUGGCAACAAACCUCAGAGGUCGGCCAGAAGCGGAAGGCAGAGGGUGAUGCAGCACUGCAGGCCAAGAAGACCCGCGUGUCGGACCCCAUUAGCAGCUCCGAGAGCUCAGAAGAUGAGGAGGAGGCAGAAGCCGAGACCACCAAUGCCAAGAAGACCCCAAGAUUAGUGUCUACCAACAACUCAGUCAUGGGGACGGAUUUGCCAUCAAGCAUGAAAGAACAAGCCAAGGCAAAGACCAAGAAAGCCAGCAAGAUGAUGAACUCCUUACCACACCCUGCCUCUGGGAAGACAGUGGCCCACCUCCUCUCUGGGAAAUCACCCAAGAAGUUGGCAGUGCCCUUGGCAAAUACCACCUUGGUCUCAGAGACUGAGGAGGAGGGCAGUGUCCCGGCUGUCAGAGCCACUGCCAAGCCUGGGGUGGUGGACCAAGCCAACAGCUCCAGCGAGGACACCUCCAGCUCAAGUGACGAGACAGAUGUGGAGGCAAAACCCUUGGCAAAAACCCGUCCUGCCAGAGCCCCGCCAGUCCUUUCCAAGGAGUCUCCAGGGAGAAGGGCAGCCCCAGCCCCUGGGAAGGUGGGAGAUGUGACAGCCCAAGUUAGAGGAGGCCCCUUAGCCCCAGCCAGCAGGGCUAAGAAGCCUGAAGAGGAGUCAGAGAGCAGUGAGGAGGAGUCUGAGAGUGAGGAGGAGGCCCCUGUGGAGACCCCCAGCCAGGUGAAGGCCUCAGGGAAAAUUUUACAGGUCGGAGCUGCCUCAGCCCCUGCCAAGGGCCCCCCUGGGAAAGGGGCUGCCACAGCACCCCCUGUAAAGGCUGGAGCCACCCAGGCCAAGGCAGGGAAGCCAGAGCAGCCCUCAGAGAGCAGCAGUGAGGAGGAGUCGGACAGUGAGGAGGAGACACCUGCAACCAUGGCCCCACUGCAGGUGAAGCCCCCUGGGAAAGCCCCCCAGGUCAGAGCUGCCUCAGCCCCUGCCAAGGGGUCCCCUGUUAAAGGGGCUGCCCCUGCACCCCCUGGGAAGACAGGGCCUGUAGCCACUCAGACAGGAAAGCCGGAGGAGGACUCGGAGAGCAGCAGCGAAGAGGAGUCGGAUAGUGGGGAGCAGACACCUGCAGCCAAGAACCUAACUGUGAGCGUGGCUCAGGCAAAACCCUCUGGGAAAAUGCCCCAGGUCAGACCCACCUCAGUCCUGGGCACGGGGCCUUCAGGGAAAGGGGCCGUCCUCACACCCCCUGGGAAGGCAGCACCCGUAGCACCCCAGGCCGAGGUGGGGAAGACAGAGGAGGACUCAGAGAGCAGCAGCGAGGAGGAGUCGGACAGUGAAGGGGAGGCACCGGCAGCUGUGACCCCGGUCCAGGCAAAGCUCUCGGGGAAAACUGUCCAGGUCAAGCCUGCCUCGGGUCCCACCAAAGGGCCCUUGGGAAAAGGGGCUACCUCAGCACCUCCUCAGAAGGCAGGGCCUGUAGUUACCCAGGUCAAGGCUGAGAGACCCAAGGAAGACUCAGAGAGCAGUGAGGAGUCUGAGAGUGAGGAGGAGGCACCAGCAGCCAUGACUUCAGCUCAGACAAAACCAGCCAUAAAAAUUCCCCAGACCAAGGCCUCUCCAAGGAAAAGCACCCCCAUCACCCCCACCUCUGCCAAGCUCCCCCCAGUGCAAGUGGGCACCCCAGCCCCCUGGAAAGCAGGCACAGUAACUUCUCCAGCCUGCACAGCAUCCCCAGCUAUGGCCAGGGGUGCCCAGAGGUCAGAGAAGGAGUCUUCAAGCAGCGAGGGGUCAGAGAGUGAGGAGGAGGAGACAGUUCCUGCGGCAACAGUGGAACAGGCAAAGUCUGUGGGGAAAAGCCUCCAUGGAAAAGCUGCCUCGGCCCCUGCCAAGGCACCCUCAGUGCCUGGGACCACCCCAGUACUCCCUGGGAAGGCUGGGCUUGCAGCCGCCCAGGUCAAAACUGAGAUGUAUGAAGACUCGGACAGCAGUGAGGAGGAAUCAGACAGUGAGGAGACACCUGUGGCCGUGAGUCCAGCACAGGUGAAGGCCUCAGUGAAAGCUCCUCAGACCAAAGCCAAACCAGCUGCUCCCAGAGUGUCUUCAGUCAAAGGGUCAGCAGCAUCAACUUCUGGAAAAGUGAUCACUGCAGGUGUUCAAGCCAAAUUGGCAUCCCCGGCCAAGCUAAAGCCGCCAGUGAGAACCCCCCAAAGUAGUGUCAUCUCGCUGCAGGGCCAGGUGUCUGUGCCAGCUGUGGGGAAGGCAGUGGCUGUAGCAGCCCAGGCCAAGACGGGGGCAGUCAGGAGGCCCCAGGAGGAGGACUCAGAGAGCAGUGAGGAGGAGUCAGACAGUGAGGAGGAGGCGCCAGCUCAGGUGAAGCCCUCAGGGAAGGCUUCCCAGGUCAAAGCUGCCUCAGCCUCCACCAAGGGGUCCCCAGGGAAAGGGGCUCCCCCGGCUCCCCCUGGAAAGACAGGGCCUGCAGCCAUCCAGGCAGGGAAGCCGGAGGAGGACUUAGAGAGCAGCAGCGAGGAGGAGUCAGACAGCGAGGAGGAGACGUCAGCAGCUGUGAUGCCUGCCCAGAUCUUGUCGCCUCGGAAGGAGGAUAACUGCAAACCUGCCAGAAGCAAGACCCUGGCCCCAGCAUCCCCAGAGAAGAAGGCAGAGGGAUCCUCGGAGAGCAGCGAGGAGGAGCUGCCAUCAGGCCAGGUGACGAAGAACCCAGCUUCCCUCCCACUGACCCAGGCUGCACUGAAGGUCCUCGCCCAGAAGGCCAAUGAGGCCCAGUCUCCCACUGCCAGGACCCAGACUUCAAGUGGGGUUGGCAGUGCUCUAGGAAAGCCCCCUGGGCUGAGUCCCCAGAGCAGCCCGGUCCAAGCCAGAGGAACCAACAAGCUCAGAAACCCUAAGCUUCCCGAGGCCCAGCCAGCUGCAGCCACUCCCUCGAGACGCCCCAAAGCCAAAGCCUCUGGGACUUCAGAGGACAGCAGUGACAGCUCCUCAGGGAGUGAGCAGGAUGUUGAGGGUGCCCAGAGGGCCAAGUCGGCACACAGGCCAGGUCCAGUUCCCACCGGGAAGGAGACCUUGGUGGAAGAAACCACAGAGUCCAGUGAGGAUGAGGUCGUGGAGCCUUCCCAGUCUCUCCUCUCAGGUUAUGUGACCACUCGGUUGACCCCGGCCAGUUCCAAGGCUUCAAAGGCCACUCCCAGGCCAGACCCCAAACCCUCAGUAUCCUCUCCUCCGGCCACCAAAGAUGCCCUGGAUGGCAAGCUGGAGGCAGAACCCCAACAAGCAGUUGCCACCACGUCUGCUAAAACAGGCAAAAGAGAGGCCACCUCAGGCACCAAGCCUCGAAAGCCUCGGAAGCCUAAGAAGGGGGCCGUGAGCCCCCAAGCUUCACCGCUGGCUCUGCAGAGCGACAUCGCCCAGCGCCUCCUGAGUGAGCCCUGGCCCCUGAGUGAGGCCCAGGUGCAGGUCUCAGUGGCAAAGGUCCUGGCGGAACUACUGGAGCAGGAGAGGAAGAAGGCUGCAGAUGCCGCCAAGGAGAGCAGCAAGAAGGCCCGGGUGGGCCUCAAGCGGAAGCUGUCAGGAGACCAGCCCGCUGCUGAGACCCCUAAGAGCAAGAAGAAAAAGAAGCUGGCGGCCGAGGGUGGUGGGGAGGUUGCUCCUUCCCUAGAGAAGGCCCCCAAGGCUCCCAAGGGAAAAUCAAAGAGAGACAAAGCGAGUGGUGACAUCAAAGAGAAGAAGGGGAAGGGGUCUCCUGGCUCCCGAGAGGCCGGUGAGAAGCCAGAAGGGGGUCUGGGAGUGGUGAAGGUGGACGGUGGAGACCAAAGCAACCCAAAGAGCAAGAAAGAGAAGAAAUCCGACAAGAAAAAAAAAGACAAGGAAAAAAAGGAAAAGAAGAAGAAAACAAAAAAGGCCUCAACCAAAGACCCUGACUCACCAUCCCAGAAGAAAAAGAAAAAAAAGAAGAAGACAGCAGAGCCGACAGCAGAGCAGACCGUCUGAGGGGCACAGAGUGGCAGGUACAUCCUGGCCCGGGAAGCCCUCACCAACCAUCUGCACCCCGGGUGGGGUGGGAGGGCAGCAGAAUCAGAAGGAUCCAGAAAAGUGAUGGAGAUGCUGAUAGCGAGCACUCCUGGUGCAGCUGCUGUGCGUGCCCUGAGUGGUGGGCGCUGGAGGGGUGCCUGUUUAUGGAUGAACAGGAGGCUUGAGGUCGGACGCAGCUUGUUCUCACCCUCACUACAUGUCCAGUUCCUUUUCCUUAUGAUCUGUAACUUUGACGCUUUCCUCCUGGGAAGGAAGAUGGUUUGCUCGAGACAAGCCAUCCCAAUUAAUCUGUGCUUCCCCAUAGAGGAACAGUUCUGCUGGGUGGUAGGAAAGGGUUAACUGUCUGAGUGAGUCACCCAACCUCUCUAAGCCUCCAUCUGCUUGUCUGGAAAUGGCGGUAACACAGAACUUCCCUGCUACGAUGGAGGUGAGAAUUAAAUGAAGUUAAGCACUUAGCCCAAUUCCCAGGACACGGGAAGUGCUGAUAAAUGUCACUGUGGUUAGUGGACGCCCCUCUGCGUCUGAGACGCCAGCUUCUGGUUUGAGUUUGUUCUACUUCGUGGAGAGAGAAUUCAGGAAAUCUUACGUCCGGAUAUGCUUCCUCUCCCCAGGAACUUCUUAGCCAAGUGGUGACCAUUCCCACGCCUCUGGCCUCUACCCACCAUGGGUUGGAACUGAAUUUUAACUUCCCCUCCGUCCCCAGAAGAAACCAGGACUGCCCGCAGCCCAGUGUGCUGGCCGGGCCGGUGAGCCCUGCAGAGAAGCUGGCCCAGGAGGAAGUGAGCCAGCGCCUGGGGCCUCCCCUCACCCCCGCCCUCCCCAAG